AUACUUCAGCUUCACCAUUCAUUCUCUUGUUACUUAUCUGUCUCAUUUUAAACAGUCCAUUAAUGUUCAAAUUUCUGUAAGAAAUGGAGGAAAGAAAGGCAUUUGGUUGGGCUGCCAGAGACACUUCUGGGUUUCUCUCUCCCUUUUCAUUCAAUCUCAGGAAAAUGGGGUCUGAAGAUGUGGUAUUGAAGGUUCUGUACUGUGGCGUAGACCACACAGAUCUUCAUCAGAUGAGGAAUGAGAUUCACAGUACUAAUUAUCCUUUGGUUCCAGGGCAUGAAGUAGUGGGUGAAGUGGUGGAGUUGGGUUCAGAGGUGAAGAAAUUUAGAGUUGGGGACAUAGUGGGAGUUGGAUGCAUAGUGGGGUCUUGUGGAGAGUGCUUGUAUUGCCAAUCCAACAUGGAGCAGUACUGCCCUAAGACAAUCUUCACUAUGAAUGACACCUACAAAGAUGGAAGCCUGACUCGCGGAGGCUUCUCCUCUGCCAUGGUUGUUCAUCAAAGGUUUGUGGUUCGGAUACCAGAAAAGCUAGCACCGGAGCAGGCGGCUCCAUUGCUGUGUGCUGGAGUUACAGCUUACAGUCCGCUGAAGCAAUUCAUGGGGUCUGACAGGGUUGUAAGGGGAGGCAUAUUGGGUUUAGGAGGAGUUGGACACUUGGGUGUCAUAAUUGCAAAGGCAAUGGGUCACCAUGUGACUGUGAUAAGCUCUUCUAAUAAGAAGAGGGAAGAGGCUUUAGAGAUUUUAGGUGCAGAUGCUUUUAUAGUUGGCUCCAAUGAGGCUGAGAUGGAGGGAGCUGCCAGCAGCCUUGACUAUAUCCUCGACACUGUACCAGCUUUGCACCCUCUGCACUCUUACCUUUCACUCCUCAAGGUUGACGGUAAGCUCAUAAUAGUUGCUGCUGUUCCUCAACCGCUUCAGUUUGAUGCAGUUGACAUAAUUCUAGGGAAGAGGAGCAUUUCCGGGAGCUUCAUCGGAAGCAUGGAAGAAACGCAGGAAAUACUGGAGUUCUGGGCAGAUAAGGAUUUGACGACUAUGAUAGAGAUGGUAAAACUGGAUUAUGCUAACAAGGCAUUUGAGAGAAUGGAAAAAAAUGAUGUGAGGUUUAGGUUUGUCCUGGAUGUAGCCGGAAGCAACCUGGAAUGAUCAAGCUUCAAGACAAGUCUUCCAGUGCAGUAAGAAAAGCAACGUGCGACUCUGAUUGAAUGUCAAAACAUAAUAAGUGAAUAAUAUAUAUUCUCUACCCUUCAUUUUUCUGAA